UCCGCGCAUAGCAACAAGAGGGCAGUGAAGAUGGUGAACUAUAGCGAUCCUGUAAAAUAACAUCUGGAAAUUUUUAUGAGGGUGUUAUUCUCAUACAGAAUCCUCACGCAGAUAACAUCCUAUGGCGUCCCAUCACGGCCGAAUCAGCCAGCAGGCCUUGGCCGUACUGGAUGUGACGUUGCGAGUUCCAUGUAUUUUUAUUAUCGACGCCAUUUUCAACUCUUACCGUGAUCCUUGGUCCGGAUGGGCCGGGGCCGCCGGAGGGAGUGUGAUUCGAGUUUUGGGUAUUGUGGUAUCCAGUGUGGUCCUGGUCUUGUCGCAAAAGGCCCUCUUUAGGUUCUGUAUGCUGCUCUUUGCUGUGCUUCUGGGAGCAGUGGCCAUCCUGCUCAACUACUAUGCCACCUCACAUAUAGACUUCUACAGUGUGUACUACGCGGCAGCGCUUGGCUUCAAGCUUCUGCCUCGGAAUGGACCUGCCCUGUGGUUGGGGAUGGCCGCUGUCCAGCUGGUGCUCGGCGUCAGCUACGUGAUGCUGCUCAAUGUCCCGUCCACCUACGCGGCGCUAAUCAUCCUUGACGUCACCGUCCCCAUCUGGGGGCUGAUCUUGGAGCUGCCAGUGGACGUCCAGCAGAAGCUGGCCGUGGCCUCUGGCUUGGUGCUAACUGCCAGCACAGUUGUGCACCUGGCCCUACAGCUGAAGUGUCUCUACUACUCCUGCCGCUAUGUCUACCUGCUAGUGCGGCACAUGUACCGCAUCUACGGCGUGCAGAUGCUGGUGGAGGACACCUGGAAGAGGAUCCGCUUUCCUGACGUGCUCCGCGUCUUCUGGCUGACCCGGGUGGUGGCUCAGGCCGUCAUCCUGGUCUACGUGGUGAGGGCGGUCCGGAAUGAGAGUGGAGACCAGGCCCACUUGACCUGGGACGUGCUGUGGGACCUGCUCAGCAACCUCAUCAUCAGCGGCUGCGAUUCCACCCUGACCGUGCUGGGCAUGAGUGCAGUCAUCUCAUCCAUAGCGCACUACCUAGGGCUGGGCAUCCUGGCUUUCAUAGGCUCCACGGAGGAGGAGGACAAGAGGCUUGGCUUUGUGGCGCCGGUGCUGUUCUUCAUUCUGGCUCUGCAGACCGGACUCAGCGGCCUGGACCCCGGGGAGAGACUGGUCCGGCUCUGCCGCAACAUGUGCCUUCUGCUGACCGCCAUCUUGCACUUCAUCCACGGGAUGACAGACCCAGUCCUCAUGUCCCUGAGCGCAUCCCAAGUCUCAUCCUUCCGGCGACACUUCCCCGUCCUCAUGGUGUCCCUCUGCCUUUUCGUGCUGCCCAUUGCCCUGAGCUGCGCCCUCUGGCGCCACUACGCCCUCAACACCUGGCUAUUCGCUGUCACGGCAUUCUGUGUGGAGCUCUGCCUCAAGGUUGUCGUCUCACUCACUGUGUAUGGGCUCUUCAUGGUGGACGGCCUCCACAGUGUCCUAUGGGAAGGGCUGGAUGACUAUGUGUACUAUGUGCGCUCCGCUGGGAACAUCAUUGAGUUUGUCUUCGGGGUGAUCAUGUUUGGGAACGGGGCGUACACCAUGAUGUUCGAGUCUGGAAGUAAGAUCCGGGCCUGCAUGAUGUGCCUCCAUGCUUACUUUAACAUCUACCUGCAGGCCAAGAAUGGCUGGAAGACCUUCAUCAACCGUAGGACCGCAGUGAAGAAAAUCAACUCCCUCCCGGAGGUGACGGGCAACCAGCUACGGGACAUCGGGGAUGUCUGCGCCAUCUGCUACCAGGAGUUUGCCUCCUCCGCACGCGUCACACCUUGCCACCACUACUUCCACGCCCUUUGCCUGCGCAAGUGGCUGUACAUACAGGACACCUGCCCCAUGUGCCACCAGCGGGUCAACAUCGAGGACGAGUCCCAGGACAGUGCCCCCUUCUCCAACAACAAUGGUUACGCCGCCCCUGAUGGAAAUGCGAACGAGGUUGCCGCAGUGGGGGGGGCAGAAGCUGCUGUCGCCGGUGGAGGCCCAGAGCCUGAGAAUGAGCUGCUGGAGGACAACGACAGUAUUGAGGACGAGUGGGGGAACCAGAACAGCGGGACACCCAUUGAGGAGGGCUACAUCAAUGAUGAUACAGACUCCAGCGGGGAAUGAUCAGCAUACAUUUAAGUUUAUUACCACACAACAUCAGGGAUGUUUUUUUUGCUGUAUUUCUUUUUAUUUUGUUUCUGUUUUUAAAGGGCUUACCUGACAGCAUGUGUACCGCUGUGUGCCUAGAGGAGGAGGUCAGGGAGUCAAGUGAACCGAACACAUUCCUUUCCCAGGGAUGGCAUCUGUUUCCGUGAUUCGCUGAGUGAAUGCAUGACUGAAAAUACGUUUGUAGGCGACCGUAGAACAAUUAUGAACUGUUGACUGGUCUUUAUGUUGUUUUCCUCAAAAAAUUCAUGUGGACCGUGAAGCUCUGAAACCUUAAUUUAUUUUGUCUUGAGUGAAGGGUUAUGGUAAUAUAUUCAGAGGAAGCGAAGCACUAAAUUAAAACAUCUGAUUAAAUUUGCACAAAAUAAUCCUCUUGAACUUGACCAGGCAAAGAGCACUCUGAACCAGACAAAAAGAUUUAAAUUUUAUGUGACAUGCUACUGUAAAUGCAUAUAUACCUCUAUCGUUGUUACUGGUCUCAUGUGCGACCUUAUUACAAUUGUGUACAUUAUUGUACAUGCAAUAAAACAGACUAUUUAAACAACAGUUGUACUGAAAUGACUUGAGGAAAGUGCUGCCUAUCAGGGGAUGUUACAGGUAAAUUAAAAAUGAAGCCAUGACAAGGUAUCAUGUUACAUGUGCACAUUACCAAAUAUGGUGUGGGCUUUAGUCACCUUGGAUUUUCAGUGUGAAAGGUCAAUAGCUUUUGCUGUUUCUAAUGCUUGAUAACUUUUAAUUGAUGGAUGGUGUAUUUAUACCACCUGCUGAAGUCAUGAGCCAUAUGUCUAAAGACAGACACACAGACUGCAUGAUAAAGCCUAAUAUCCCAGUAAAAGAUUGAAUUAUUCUUUUGCUUAAAAUGGUCAGACAUUAAA